UCAUUUUCCCAAUCAAACUCACUUGUUCUUAUAUUAAUUGUAGGUUUCAGACCAAGAUGGGUUUGUGCAAGACACCACUAGCUCUUCUUAUUUGUCUCUUUGGCUUAACCCUACUCCAUUUAUCCGAUGCCCAAGACACCGAACAAGACUACCUCAGUGCCCACAAUGCCGCCCGUGCAGCGGUGGGAGUUCCGGCGCUGAUAUGGGAUGAACAAGUAGCUGCAUAUGCACAAAACUAUGCUAAUACACAUAUUGGCGAUUGCAAUCUUGUGCACUCUCAAGGUGGGUCUUACGGUGAAAACCUUGCAUGGAGUAGCGGCGACCUGUCAGGCACGGCGGCGGUGAACAUGUGGGUAGACGAGAAGGCGAGCUAUGACUACAACUCUAACUCUUGCGCUGCUGGGGCCAUGUGCGGGCACUACACUCAGGUGGUGUGGCGCAAUUCUGUUCGUUUGGGAUGUGCUAAAGUUCGGUGCAACAAUGGAGGUACGUUCAUCGGCUGCAACUAUGAUCCCCCAGGCAACUAUAUUGGGCAGAAGCCUUACUGAUGCAGAAUAUGACGGGGUGCGUGGAACAAGCAGUGCUAUUUCAUUUUAUGUCUACAUCCCUUUUAGUAUGUUCAAGUUAUGUUUCAACGAUCGAUAAUUGCCAGUCUUGCGUUGAGGAAUCCGGUAAUUCUUCCGCAGAAGGAUGGAAAACUCUACGUAAUGAUCAGCCAGUUGUCUACUUGUAGUCGUUAGAAUUACUAUUUAUCUUUCUAUGUUGUUUUCCUUACCAACGUACGUACGUUAAUCUUGAAGAAAUGUGUAGACAUUUAUAAAAA